AUGGAGUGUGUUUUGAAAGAUAGCCGGCUCGAAGUGUGUUUUUGUUUUGCGACGCAGAGGAGACUCGUAUCGUACAUAGAAUAUCCAAGAAAAAUAUCUGUCAAGCCGUCGCAGGACUCGGCUCAUUACAGGAAGCGGUCCGAAGAAACCCUGACGGACCUUGAUGGCGAUAAGGCGCGUAGUACAGUCUCCCGUAGCAGUCAACAAACUGUUACGCGUAGGAUGUGCCAACUGCGGAUUAUGGACGACAACCAAAAUGUCUCCACAGAUCGUCAGCUGCAGACGGCGACGGUUCAGAAACGAUUGUACUGCAGACUGCCGUCGUCACUGUUGUCGCCGUCAUCACUGUUGUCACCGUCGUUGCCAUUGUCGUCACCGUCAUCUUUGUCAUCGGGGGUUGUCGGAAACGUGUCGGUGCGACGCAAACCGACUUGGCCCCGCUUUAACGGUUACAACCACGGCGGCCAGACUACGCGAUCUCAUCGAAAUUUCCGGUCGCCCGCGAAGGAAGUUGUUCAGGCAGUUCCGAGCCUGUGCGCGACACGCGGACGGAAACGGCCCACGUUUGUAAAUCCGCAUUGGGUAGUUCGGUACAUCCAACUAAUACUGCAGACGGAAAUUUAG